AUGGGGCCAGUCACCUACUUCAGCCUCUGCCUCCUCGGCUGCCUGAUCUUUAGCCCCUCGCUGGCAGCAGGGGCACGAGCUCCAUCCUGUCCCAGGGGCUGGCUGCACUUCCAAGACGACUGCUAUGGAUACUUCCCCAAGGAGGCAACCUGGAGAAGGGCUGAGGCUUGGUGUCAGAUCUAUGUCAGCGGGGCCCAUCUCGCCUCCAUUCACAGCGAGGAGGAGCACAAAGCAGUCGCUGGUUUCAUUGCCCGCUCUCAGCACCAUGACGACGAUGACGGUGACAAUGUCUGGAUCGGACUCUCUACCUACGGCAGGAGGCGAAGAUGGUCAUGGACAGAUGACUCAGAAGUGGACUUCGAUGCUUGGGAUAGCCACAGAAGCUACUCUUUCCCUUCCCUGAAGGCGGAGCGCUGUCUGGCACUGGAGGAAGGCACAGGUUUCAUGACCUGGGUCAGCGAAUUCUGUAAAAAUAGAAACACAUUUGUCUGCAAGUACAGGCCUUAGGGGAGGCAGCUCGCCUGCACCUGGGGGCUCCCAGCACCUGGGCUGUGAGUGAAUUGGGUCCCUCCAUCUCCCCGGGGACACCAGAUCCCGUGUCCCUGGCUGCAAAGUCCCUUCGGCAAAUCAUCGCUGUGUUACUCUGUGUCACUCCCGCUCUGCUCUGCCCCCUUCUUGGGGGAGGAGGGCGUCGACUGGGUAGUUUUACCCUGGGCUCCCCCUCUUGUCUUUGCCCAAACCCUGCUACCACCCACACCCCGAGCCCUCCCGCAUGUCCUGCAUUGCACUCUGAA